ACACACGGCUUAGACCGCAGAAUCCAGCGCGCUGGGGUCGGAAGGGACCUCUGCAGAUCGUCACCUUCUAUAGCAGGAAAGAUGAAUGACUGGCAGAAGAAAAGCCCUCUGGACUGGGAAACAUACCUGAACAAAAUGGUGAAAGUUGCUGCAGUUGAGAAGCUUGAAUAUGAAGGAUGGGUGGUAACAGUGGAUCCAGUUUCUGCCAGUGUUAUGCUUGCAACGUUCCUGGAGGAUGACAGAGUGUCCAUAUCCGUUGUGCUGGGCCACGCCGUGCAGGAGGUUGAGGUACUGCAAGAGGGGGACGAGGAAAUGAGGCAGCGGCUCUCCAGCAUCUUCGCUCCCGAAGGGAGCAAAGCCUACAGCCCAGAGGAGCUCGAGAAGAGGAAGAGCAGCUUGAAGACUUGGUUAGAGACAAACCACAUCCCUGUGACAGAGCAAAGCGAGUCAGGAGGCACUCUCUGCGUGGCAGGGGUGCUGACGAUCGAGCCACCCUACGGGCCCGAGGAGUGCAGCAGCUCCAACGAGAUCAUCCUGUCCCGAGUUCAAGGCUUGAUACAGGGCUACCUGGAAAAACAACAGUGAUGUCCUCUCUUGCAAGCAGUAGGAAUGGGACUCCCCACCCUGGUUUAGGCACUGUGUGCAAACAUGCUGGGGAUUUGGGGACAUUUUUGUAGGAGCAAAGAAUGGGAUAAACGAAGUGGACAAAGCCUUUUCCCUGCC